CAGGCGCAGGCGCAGACGGAGACGGAGACGGAAGCGCUCCGAACGGGCUUUUAACCAUGAAGCACAAGGAUGUGAUAGUAUUGAUCGUCCUCAUUCAUUUAAUGUUUGGGGUCUCUCUGUUUUUCUCUUCACCUAAAGAAAAUCUCCAGGAAUAUUCUGUGCCAUAAUGGAAAUACUGGAAUAAUCAGCCUAAUAAGGUGAUUUCUCCAAAGGAAAUAGCACUCAAAUAUAUCAGCUCUUCUACAUGUAUUAUGAGAAGCUUAAGUGAAAAUGGAACAUGUUAGAAGAUAUGAAACAAGGAAAAAUUCUAAAUCUCAAGAUCAUGGGCAGAAAUCUCGAGUUGAUUGGAGGCGGACUAAAAGAAGUAGUAUCUCACAAUUAUUUGAUAGUGAUGAAGAGCUGGAUAGCGAUGAGGAGCUGAAUAGUGAUGAGGAGCUGGAUAGCAAUGAGAAUCUGGAUAGUGAUGAAAGUGUUGACAAUGAUGAAGAGCUUGAGAGUAACAAGGGGCUAGGUAGUAAUAAAAAGCCAGAAAAUGAAAGUGAGUUUAAAUUAACUCAAACUGACAGUGAAGGAAACAACUGUGACCAUCUCAUUAAUGCUGGCAAAAGUUCAGCAUGUGAAGAAGAAAAGAACAAAACCAAACAUAGAAGUAUUGACUUACCAGAUCAUGAAAAGCAUUCAAGUCAAGAAGAGGAAGAUCCCAAUGGACACACUGGACAAAUAAUAGAGGAGGAUUUAGAAGAACACAUCAAGCGAGGGAAGAGAAAAAGGAUCUCCUCUGUGAUGUAUGACAGUGAUGAGAGUGAUGACAGUGAUAUCCUAGUUAAGAAAGUAGGUCUUAAACGUCCACGUAGAGUGGUUGAAGAUGAGUCUUCUUCAGUGGAGAUGGAGCAAAAAAAAACCGAAAAAGCUUUAGCUGCAAAAAAGCGAGAACAAUUCCAGAAACUGAAAGAACUUUCAAAACUAAGAUCUCGCCGGAGACGCAAUAGUAGUAGAGACUUUGAGGACUCUGGAAAGGAAUCCUGCCCAAGCAGUGAUGAAAGUGAGGAGAAGGAGGAGGAGGAGGAGGAGGAUGAAGAUGAUGAAGAUGGAGAUGAUUAUAUUAUUGAUGACUUUGUAGUACAAGAUGAGGAGGGUGAUGAAGAGAAUAAAAGCCAGCAAGGAGAAAAAUUGACUACAUCACAACUGAAAUUAGUAAAAAAGAAUUCUCUUUAUUCUUUUAGUGACCACUAUACUCACUUUGAAAGAGUUGUGAAGGCUCUUCUCAUCAAUGCUUUAGAUGAUUCUUUUCUGGGAACAUUGUAUGAUGGUGCCAGGCAAAAAUCUUACGCACAAGAUAUGUUGACAUCUCUUCAUUAUUUAGAUGACCGCUUUAUUCAGCCUCGUCUAGAGAGUUUAGCCUCUAGAAGUCGUUGGAAAGAGCAGUAUAAGGAGCGGGUAGGAAAUUAUUCUAAUGUAAAUAUCCAUUUGAAGAAUCCUGAAAACUGUUCUUGUCAGGCUUGUGGAAUGUACCGCCACUGUAGAUAUUCAGUGCAUUUAUCAGGAAAGUUGUAUAAUACCAGGACCAUGGAAACAGAUGAUUUCAUGUCACAUGAUAAACAGGUGUUUACUGUUGGCAGAAUUUGUGCUAAUCGUACCAGAAUUUAUCAUAAACUGAAACAUUUUAAAUUCAAGCUAUACCAAGAAUGUUGUUCCAUUGCAAAGACAGAAGAAGUUGAGAAUGAACAGGUUAAAGAAACAGUGGAAAGAAUUUUCAGUCAGUCAAAAGAAAGUGGCUGGAUUAAGGAGCUUUUUAUCUUUUGCUUUGCUGCUAACAUCUCACUCAACACUUUGCUCCCUGUUCUCUGUGCUAUUCUGUCUGCCUCAGGGAGGAGCCAUCACUUAUCCAGUAAGUUCCAUCUUCAUUUUCCUAGAGUACAUUUGAUUCUUAAGCACUUUUAUUAGUGCAUUUAAGUAUUGCCAACCUCCUAGUGGAGUUGAAAGACCUAUUGGGAUACCACGUUUUUAAAGAAUUGUGUACUAGGUGUAGAAAAAAAUUAUUGUGUAUGUGCUUUAUAUAUGUGUGUGUGUGUGUGUGUGUGUGUCUGUGUAUAUACACACAUUAAACUUCUUGCAGAAAAAACUGAAAGCAUUUCCAAACAUUAGAGGAAGCUUAACAAAGUUUGUGACUACAGAAGGGACUAGAAUAAGAAAAAAUAUUCUUAGGAAAAGCCAAGUGUCAUAUCGAACUUUAAGAAUAACAUCAUUGGGCAGUGAAGGUAUUUCAAGACAGUGCAUGUUUAGAACAAUAUGCACAUUUUUUCACAUAAAACACCAAAGAGCCUCAUUUUCUUUUUGAGAUCCCGCUUACUUUAAAAAUAAUUUGUGUAUAGAUUUUCUUAAAAAGAUUUCCUAGAAAUUAAAGAAAUCCCCUAGGCAGCCUUUUGUGCUGUGAUUAAAUUUCAGAUUUUAUCAAGUGUUCUGCCAUUUCUCAACAUCACUUUGCCUGCUCUUCAGCGUGCGUGCAUCUCUGAGUGAGACAUUGCAUGUGUUUU